CAAAAUAGCACCAAUCCACCCCAACCCGACCUCCCACCACAAACAAACAUCAACCCGUUCGUCUUCCAACCCAACCUCCCACCACAAACAAACAUUAACCCGUUCGUCUUCCAACCCAACAUGACUGUCUCCGUCAUGGAACGGGUCGCCUCUAUUGAAAAGCAGCUGUGCGAUCGUUCUUUGUUCCGCAAGCAGACCGCCGUUGCUGCUCCUGAAACAGUGUUACAGCUUGCUGUUCACCCUCUUUCCACCACCGCCGAUAUGGUUGCUGGAGCUGCAGAGCCUGGCCCCAUUUCGUCAAUCGUACCACCGUUUCCUGCCGCCCCUGCUCCCAUCGUCGAGAUGGUAGCUUGUGACGCUAAGGCCAGCCCCGCCCCGGCGUUCGGUCCACUCCUCGCUGCUCCGCUCCGUCCCACCGAAGAAACGGUUGCUAAUGCUGCAGAGCCUUGCCCCGUUUCGGCCGUGAUACGAGCCCCUUUAGUCUUGACCAAAGAGGAGCGAUUCGCCGACAUCUUCUCGAGCUGCCCGGCCUGGAUGUUUUAUUACGAUGGCCCGUCCACCACCACGGUCAUCAAGUCAUGCUUGUCCGACGGCGAGGAUGCCCACCCUGCUGACACUGAGAGCACCGAAGAAGCGGUUGCUAAUGCUGCAGAGCCUUGCCCCGGUUCGGCUGUGAUACAAGCCCCUUUGGUCUUGACCAAAGAGGAGCAAUUUGCCGACAUCUUCUUAGCGAGCUGGCCGGCCUGGAAGUUCUCUUACGAUGGCCCGUCCACCACCACUGCCAUCGAGUCGUGCUUGUCCGACGGCGAGGAUGCCCACCCUGCUGACACUGAGGUCAAGAGCAGCCACGCGAACUGCCUGGAGUCGGUGGUAGAUUCGGCCCGCCCCACUACCACCAUUCUCGAGCCCGCCACCGCUCCUGCUCAAGCGGUCGCGCCUGCCCCAGAAGUCCAUGUGGGAGCUACCGUGACGUCUGCCACGGCAGCAACGUCCCCCGGUCUUCUCCCAGGUUCGCCAUCGUCGCCGGCCAGCACCACCCGCAUACUGAAGCUCAAGGGUGUGGCAGCGGUUCUGAAAAAGGCAAAGAAGGUCAAGAAGGCCAUCGCGGGUCUGUUCCGCAAGACCCGAGUCGUUGUCCCACCGCCGCCGGUCUACGUUCCAUUCGGGACCGUUCCAGAAAAAGAACCCGUGUACUUCGGUGCUAACCUGGAGGACAUACUAAAGACAUACGGAACCGAAAACGACAUCGCGGAAACCCGCGAAAAGAUCCCCGGCUUCUUCCGGGACUUGGUCCAGGGAAUCAAGACCCCGGUUCGCGUGAAAGAUACCACCGACGAAUUCGUCUCUCCCCUCGAGUUCGACGGAUUCCUGCGGGAGGGCGUCGCAAAGUCAUCAGUCGACUUCGUGAAGGCAGCGCUGGAGCGCGGGGAGCCUCUCCCGUAUUCGUCCUCCCCCGUCACGAACGACACUGUAAACGCCCCGGUCUUGGGAGCUGUGCUGAAGGCAUUUUUGAGGGAGAUGGAAGAACCCUUGUUGACGCGAGAAGGAUAUGAUCGUUGGAUGGCCAUCGCAAACGAUCCCGACUGUUCCGACAACGAAGCGAAGUUGUCCAAGAUCAAGGACCUCCUAUCCGAGCUGCCGACCGCACACUACGUCAUUGCGCAAGAGGUCUUCGCCCUCCUAUCCAUGAUCGAAAACCACCACAAGAAGAACAGGAUGACCGCCACUAACCUCGCCACCGUGGUGGGGCCGAAUAUCCUCCGCAACGGAGGAAUCCCGAUCCCCGGCGACAUGAAAGGGAUGGUGGCAAUCAUUGCUUUCUGCAUUGAAAACGCCAAGGAGCUCUUUAACUGAUCAGCAUUAGAAAACGAGAACGCGAGUGGCAGGCGUCGACGCGACAGGGAGAGGGGGAUAGUGACCUGCCAACGCCCACCAUGUACUGGGUCUAAGACGUAUUCAGGCCCCCAAGUUACUUUGUACCUUAUUAGAGAGCUUGAGUUCCAGCUCGGGUUGAAGUUGACUAGAAAAUACACAAGUUAUCUUUUCCUUAAUCGAUAGCCUAACUAGGG